CCAAGACAUUUUUUUAUUAAUAGUAGUGAAAAACUUUGAAAGUAUAUAAAUCAAAAACAUAAUAAAUGACAAUUUUGUCUUUAUUAAUCGCAUCGAUCACUAAUCAAACAACAUAUCGACAAAUAUCGAUAGCGACAUUUAAUAAAAAAAAUAUUAUCGAUAUCUGAUUCGACAGUAAACGGACGAGAUUUUAAUCAUUUCUUAUCAAUUUGUUUUAAGUUAAUUAAGGUUUAAUUGUCAAGUUAAAACCAAUAAAUUAACAUGUGGAGCCAAACACACACACACACACACACUCAUGUAACUCAGCCAAAAAGAUAAUAUGAACACAUGGACACAAAAUUUAUGGUAUUUUGAGAUUAAUAAUUAGAUUACAUGUUAAAUAUUAAGUAUAUAUGUCCGGUUUUAUAUUCAUACAAUUUGAAAAUCAAACAAUUUAUACAUAUUAAUUUUAGAGACUGAAAAGUGCUUAUAUCUCGUUAUGUCCAAAACUAAUACCGAAUAUGAUUAUUGGAUCAUUAUUACUUAAUUUCAAACAGAAGAAGUUAAUUUUUUGAUAAAAUAUUCUGAUUUUUGUUUAUUUUGCCAGUAUAGAGUUUAUUUACCUUUUGAAUAUUUAGGUUUAAUUAUCAUUAAUAAAUAGGCUGGGGGGGGGGAUUAAAAUGUUUUUCACAAAAAAUGAAGUUUUUCACUAUUUUCUAUAAAACAUAUUGAAAGAUAAGUUAGAUAUUUAUAAUAAAACUAAAAUAUUUUUAAUACAUUUUAGUUAUUUUCAGAUUUGUAGUCAUUAGUUUAAUUAUUGCUAUUUGUUUUUUUUUGUUAUAAACAUUAAAUAUCAUAUAAAAUAGUUUAAUCAAUUUAAUAUAUAUUCUACAAUUUCGCAAAUUUUAAAUUUUUCUAUCAUUCAAUUAAUUUUUUCUGCAACUUAAUUAUUAUUUCUGCGAUUCCACGAUUAAGCGAUCGGUAUCGGAGCUAUAAUUGACACAGAAUCAACCAACCAAAAAAAAAAAAGGAAAAAAACAAAAUAAAAAACCCUAAAGAGAGUUCGUUUGGAUCUGGUUUUUACAUGUAAAGUGAAAUCACGGGAAACGAGUCGUACACAGAGAGAGAGAGAUAAAAGAAAAGAUCGUAGACGAAGAAGAAGAAUCUUCCGAUCACUCUUCCUCGGACAAUCUCAGAGUCUUCGCCUUUAUGAUUGGAAUCGUGCUUCCCUCGCGAUUCCGAGCUUCGUAAGUGUCUUCACGAUCAAAGUAGAGCCUAGUGAAAACCAUGUGGACCAAUGUCUUCAGAAUUGGGGGUCUUCAUCACGUUUCUUGGUUUCAGUUUCUUCCUAGUGAAGCUGAGCUCAAUCCCACCUCUGAUACAAGUUCAAGAGCUGAGCAGAAUGACGUUGCAACAUAUCUUGUGCUUUCAUCUCAUCUGCGCUUGCAGAAGGAAGGCUUUCUUAGCACAUGGACCAAUUCUUUCGUUGGACCUUGGGAUCCAUCUCAAGGCUUAUACAACCCUGAUGAGAAGAUCAAGCUUUGGCUUUUUCUUCCUGGACGUCAUUCAUCAAUCACUGAUAAAGCUCAGGCUGCUGUCUCAAAGCUUAGAGUUGUUGCGUCAGGAAUCUGGGUAGCACCUGGGGACUCCGAGGAGAUAUCUGUUGCCUUUUCACAGUCUUUGCGUAAUUGCAUUGAAAGAGCGUUAAGUGGACUUUCUUACAUGAGAUUUGGAGAUGUGUUUUCAAAAGUCAGCCCUCAAAAUGAAGAAUAUUUGAGGAGGGGCCGUCUUACUGUUGAAUUCGUUUUUGCUGCUACCGAAGAGGCAGUUUUUGUCCAUGUCAUUGUUUCUGCCAAGAAUGUACGGACACUUUCAAGUGGCGAUGCUGAGAGGCUGUCAAGGAGUUCCUUGAAAAACUCCAGUUAUAGGCUUCCAGUGAUUGUUUCUCCUCAUGGAAUGCGGGGUAGCCUCACUGGAUUCUGUCCCAAUGACCUUGUCAAGCAAGUCUACUUCAGUUCUGGAAACUUAAGGUCUUCAAGUGGGUAUAUUGGCCUCCCUCCUCAUGCUGGUAGUGGGUCCCGUCUGAUAAAUGGCGAUCAUUGUUACGUGGAAGUUACACUUGGUUGCUGCCAAAAUAUAAAUGACAACACAAGUCAAACUAAUUCAACCUUUGCGGUGAAUGUUCCUCAAACAUCAGUUGGGAGUAAAGAUCACCGGAAAGGACACCCAGAUAUAGCAUCGAUGUGUGAAAAAAAGUUCAUAUAUCCAGCUGAGGCCGUGCUUGUGCCAAUUUUACAGUCGGCAUUUGCUAAAUUUUCUUUGAAAAGAUUUUGGCUUCAAAACUGGAUAGGACCAUCUCUAGCAGGCUCAUCGUUAUUUAUGCACUGGGCUGGUGAUUUUGACUUCUUUGGAUCGUCUGGAAAUAAGAGUGAUGGGUUCUUUGAAAAAAAUGGCUAUAAUAGCAGUGGCAGUAGCGGUAAUAGCAGCAUUAGUUCAACAAGUAGUGCUUCUAGUGGGAGUGGUUGGAGAAUGACUUCAAGAACUGGUGACCUUGAUGCGGAUGCAGAUUCUUUGACUUGUAAUGAUGAUCACCCAAAAUUGGGUUCCAAGCGGCCGCGAACAGGGAUGGCAGAGUCAUUCGGUCAAGUAGGUACUGCAAAUGAUCAAUUUGGUUGGGAUUGGGAUGAUGACGAUGAUGAUGAUAGAGGAGUUGGCAUGGAUAUCCAAGCACUUCUUUCAGAGUUUGGAGACUUUGGUGACUUCUUUGAGAAUGAUGCGUUACCUUUUGGCGAGCCGCCGGGAACAGCAGAGUCGCAUUCCCUCAUACUUCCUUCAGAUUCUGCUGAUGUAGGUUCUAGUCCAAUGGAUACGAUGGAUGUAUCAGACCAGAUUGUGUUGCCCGUUGGGUUUUCGUCUUUUGAGAGCUUCAAUCCUGCUCCCCCUAUCAUUGAUGAAGGCCUUAUCAAAAGUCAAGAAGUCCUCAACAACAGUGUCACUUCAGUUUCAGCUCCUUCUAAUCAAAUGUUAAGCUCUUCUAACAGUGAGUUCGAUCAUUUGAUGAAAGCAGAAGCUAUGAUGACCUUUGCUCCUGAGUAUGGAGCUGUUGAAGCACCUAUGAGCGAGAUUUCUUCGACGUCUUUCAAAAGCCCAUAUCUUCCCAAAUCUCAUAAAGUGGAGAGUUCAAAUUCAAGAACGAGUAGCUAUGUUUAUGGACCCACCCCACCUGCCACUGAUUCUGAUGGAGCAGUCGAUAAGAUUUUGCUUGGAUCAAAAGCAUACAUUGGUAAUGAUGGCAGAACUUUGUACACUAAGGUAGAGGGCAGAAAGGGCCGGUAUGAUAAGCUACCUACUUUAAUCAGUGACAACAAUAGUAAAAAGGAGGGUGUGUCUCAGUUAAAAUAUUCAAACUACAAUGCUUCUAGUGCUGUUAAGAUCGUACAGGGGAAAAAGACUGACGGUAUAUCUGCUGUUGUUAGUACUUUAUUAUCUUCAAAGACCUUGCUGGCAACAGACGUGGGAAGCGUUAUGUUCCAAGCCUUCAUGUAUAGGAUGCGGCACAAAGCCAUUUCUUCGAAGCACAGUUCUCCUGUUAGUCUGAGUAGGCUUAGUGGAAACUUCUUCCUGAACCAGGUGCCAAAUGAGCCAAGUAGUCUGACAGACAACGUAUCUGGAAGGAACGAGAUAUAUAAGAAAGAAGUACCUACUAGAAUAGCUGGAGAUUUCGAUGGAGGAAUGUUAGACAGCCACAUGAGUGCACCAGUUGGCGUGUGGCGGACUGUUUCAGUCCCAAAAACAGCAAAACCUGCUAGCUCGCCAAACAUUGAAGCAGGCUCAUCCUUGCCCCAUAGUUCAUUUAGCGAAAACAGUUUGCUUUCUUAUGGACAAAGGCAGCCAUUGCAGGAGCUUCUAGAUGGAAUAGCGCUACUUGUACAGCAAGCUACUUCUUUCGUUGAUUUAGCUCUGGAUUCAGAUUGUGGGGAUGGACCUUAUGGCUGGCUUGCACUGGAAGAGUUGUGGAGACGGGAACUGUCGUGUGGACCCUCUGCUGGCCAUGCAGGCUGUGGGGGAACUUUGGCUUCCUGCCAUUCUCUGGACAUUGCUGGUGUCAAGCUAGUUGACCCACUCUCUGCUGAGGUUUUUCCUUCCUCUGUCAUUACUCUACUGCAAUCUGACAUCAAGACAGCUCUGAAAUCCGCAUUUGGUCAGUCAGACGGCCCAUUAUAUGUCACAGAUUGGUGCAAGGGCCGAAAUCAAUCGAUGGAUGGAGUAUCUAUUUCCGAGGGAUCUACUGCCGAGUCAGUCCUGAGUGAAGUGUCAAAUGCAAUAGAUGGUGGGAAAGGAGAGGAGUCUGCUCAGAGCCAAGAUAUAUACAGUUCAGAGUUACUCCGACCUACACUUUUUGUUCUUCCAUCACCCUCUAUACUUGUCGGAUACCAAGAUGACUGGCUUAAGGUUUCAACCAACUCCUUGCCACAUUGGGAAAAGGCCCCUUUCGAGCCAUAUGCUUUGCCGAAAAAUAUGAACUAUACUGUUGUAUGCCCGGAUAUAGAUCCUUUAACCAGUGCUGCUGUUGAUUUCUUCCAACAACUUGGAACUGUUUAUGAAACGUGCAGACUGGGAACCCAUUUGCCACAGAUCCUAGGAAAUCAAAUGGAAACUGACGCUGGAAGAUUAUCCUCGUCAGGAUUUGUUCUGCUUGAUUGCCCUCAAUCGAUGAAGAUUGAAAGCAAUAACACGUCGCUUCUGGGAUCUCUCAGUGAUUAUUUUCUCUCCUUGUCGAAUGGGUGGAAUGUAAAUAGCUAUCUGAAGUCUUUGUCAAAAGCGCUGAAAGGUCUUAAGCUUGGGUCUGGGCUUUACACAAACCAGAAAGAAGGGUCAGCUACUCCAUGCAUGGUAGUGUACAUAGUGUGUCCAUUUCCCGACCCUUCGGCAGUUUUAAGGACAGUCGUUGAAUCGUCUAUAGCACUUGGAUCAGGGAUAAAGCCAGAUAGAGACAGGAGAUCGUUACUUAAUAGUCAGGUUGCAAGGGCAUUUGGUAGUUCUGCUGCUGUAGACGAAGCAUCAAUAUCUCACAUUCCAGUGCUUUCGGGGUUUAGCGUCCCUAAGCUAGUUCUACAAGUGGUGUCUGUUGAUUCUAUUUUCCGGAUAACAAGUCCAAGCUUUAAUGAGCUUGUCAUCCUCAAGGAUACUGCCUUUUCUGUCUACAAUAAAGCUCGGCGAAUUUCAAGAGGAAUGCCUAAUGAUGCAUUUCUCUCAUCAUCAUUAUCUAACAGAUCCUCUUCAGCCUUGGCUUCAGUGAAUUCUAUCUCAGGAAUCUGGAAAGACUGCGUCAGUUCUCGAAUGACAGGUUCUACACAUCCAAGAGAUGGUGAUAUUGAUGGUAGCAUUAGAACGAGUAGUUGGGAUAGUAGCUGGCAAAUAACAAGAUCUGGAGGAGUAAGCUGCGACUCAAACAGAAAUGGAGAUUUUUACAUUAAUGAGGAAAUUUUCUAUCUAUUUGAACCGCUUUUCAUCCUUUCCGAGCCUGGUUCCGUGGAUCGUGGAGUUUCACCUACUUUCGGCGGCUUAGGAUCCGAGUCUUCAAAGCCAAUACCUGAGGAUGGUGGCAGAGGUUCAGGACUUGGCGUCAAUUCAAUGGAAGGUACAAGCUCCCAGGGGGAUGCAUCACAGGUUGAAGGGAAGGCUGUUCCAAGCUUACAUUGCUGCUACGGUUGGACAGAGGACUGGAGAUGGCUUGUAAGCAUCUGGACUGACGCCAGGGGUGAAUUGCUUGACACACAUAUAUUCCCCUUUGGUGGGAUUAGCAGUAGACAGGAUACGAAAGGGCUGCAGUGUCUUUUUGUUCAAGUUCUGCAGCAGGGAUGUCAGAUACUACAGGCAUGUUCCUCCCCUGACAGUGGAUCUUUCAAACCCAGGGAUUUUGUCAUUACACGCAUUGGGAGUUUCUUUGAGCUUGAGUACCUAGAGUGGCAAAAGGCAAUUUACACAGCUGGAGGUCCUGAGAUUAAGAAGUGGCCUAUUCAACUUCGACGUUCUGCACCUUCUGGCGUAGCCACCAAUAGCAACGGACCUUCCUUGCAACAGCAUGAUCUGAGUUUGAUUCAGGAGAGAGCCUCGUCAACUAGCACACUCUAUGGCUCUCACUCAAAACCAUCCACCUUUGUGAAAGGCGGUAUGGGGCACUCUGCUGGAAGAAAGCAAACAAUGGGUGGACAAACCAUUUCUGGUACUCCAAGGGGUUUGUUUCAGUGGGUUCACAGCAUCAGUUUUGCUUCUAUUUCACUUGAUCAUUCUCUGCAUUUUGUUCUUCCGGCUGAGUUGGUAUCUCCUGGAGGUGGCCAGAGCAGUACUGGUAUGAGUGCAGCAAAUUACAUUGAAGGUUUCACUCCAGUCAAGUCUCUUGGGUCAACGGCUUUCUCUUACAUGAUGAUACCAUCACCCAACAUGCGCUUUCUUCACCCAAGUCCUCUUCAGCUUCCCACAUGUUUAACUGCAGAAUCACCUCCACUUGCUCACCUCCUUCACAGCAAAGGCUGUGCAAUCCCCUUGUCUACCGGAUUUGUUGUUUCAAAAGCUGUGCCUUCCAUGAGAAAAGACUCGAGAAUAAACGUGAAAGAAGAAUGGCCAUCAGUUCUCUCUGUAAGUCUCAUAGACUAUUAUGGUGGUUAUGACAACGCUCAUGACAAAGUUCUUCAAGGAAUCAUGAAGCAAGGCGGUGGAGGGACCAAAGAAACUAGAGAUUUUGAGGUUGAAAGCCAUCUAAUCCUUGAGUCAAUUGCAGCAGAACUCCAUGCUCUAUCGUGGAUGACUGUUAGUCCAGCAUAUCUGGAUAGGCGGACUGCAUUGCCAUCUCACUGUGAUGUGGUUCUCAGACUGAGUCGUCUGCUUCAUUUUGCGGAUAAAGAACGCUCCAGGCUACCAGAUAAGUCGGGAGUUUGAAACAAUGCAGGAGCAUAUCACUCAAGUUCAGUAUCAAAAGAUGAGACCAAGCUUUCUGUCCUGUCCUGCACCUCCUGAGUAAUCUGUCAUGUUUAAGGCACUUAGGUUUCUUGGGCUAGUUCACCAGUGCUAUACAUUAUAAAGUAGGAAGAAGUGGUGUAGAUCUACUAGAUGUAGUUCAGGUUUUUAUUUGGGGCUUAAGAACUCUGUAAAAAAAAUUAGCAUUUACGGCUUUGCUCUACUUGUUGUGAUUCACUUUAGGUGCAUAGGUUAGUUUCCUUAUAGCCCCUUUGUAUUUGUAAUUUGACUUUAUUUAUCAUUCCUCUGUAAAGUCGACACAAUAUUAUUAAUAUUGGUUUCUCAGGGAAAUACUUGUAGAAUAUUGCUAUCUUUGGGGCUAAGCAUAAUAGUUUUCUCUUGAUCAGUCCCAUAAUGAAUCAUGACUCUUGCAUGAGUUGUGCAGCUGAUGAGCUGAAGAUUCUAACAGGCUUGGUUCUCAACCACUCGGUCGCCCUAAGAGGCUAACGCAUAUUUGUGAUUCAGAUCAGGUUUUAACUCUACUGAUUGGCUUACAUAUAUGGAUGGAUUACUGCAACUAUUGUUGUGUGGUUCAAUCAUUAAAUAUCAUUUAUUGUGGGGUCAUCUUUAGCUUUCUUUCUGUGGCGAGACACAUGGAAACUCAUGUUGCCUUGAGGCACCAUAUCACCAUUAUGAUGAUGUCGGCAUCAUAGUGCCCCCACACUUCCUUCCAAAUACAGCUCAUAACAUCAUUGAUUCCACCAACUCUUAGACAAUUCCAAAGUAUCCCCUCUCUCUUAUUGAAUCUUUUUGUGAACCCAAAUCAAUGAAAUCUGAUAAAGUUUGUAACGUCCAUUAACAAGUUAUGUGAUGCCUUUCAUGGAUUAGUGGAUACUUUGUAAGAUAAAACGAAUCCAUAAACAAUGAAAAAUGAUGAUGAUACAUAGAAACACAUAUAGAAACGGAUGGUUGCAUUAAGAAUAAUACAACACUCUAUAGAAUCAAACCACACACAAAAUCAUUAGAAAAAACAAUAAAAUUAAUAGAGGGGAAAAAGAAUGAUAAAUGUUUGUUUUUGGCUCAAAAGAGAAGACCAGAUGCCAAAGCAACAACAGAAGCAAACAAU